GGCAAACGUCGCCGCGGCGGCGGCUGAUAAUAUUGCAGGUGCAGGUGGCACUGCCGAUAGUUUAUAUAGUCCUACGGCGACCAGCGCCGCUGCGAAUAUAUACUCCGAUGUUGUGGUGGCGGUGCCACCGCCGCCGACACUGGUAGUAGCGGCCGAACAGUCGACGCGAGUGCAGGUGCACUACCAAGCUGCAUCGAACGUCGCCAAUGUAGUCGUUACGCGCAGGAGAAAACGUCCGAUUCGGGACAAGCUCUUGGCCGAUAUGGCCUCGGAUAAGGUCUUGUUCCGACUGGAUCUACCCCAUGGUCCAGGAACUCUUUAUAUUUCAUGGAGACCUAGCAAUAGUACUCACUUGGCAACUACAGGAUGCGAUUCUACAGUUGCUAUUGUGGACAGGCAAGGAAUAUUGGAAGAAAGAUUGCAGUUGCCUGGCUUAUGCUCUGGCUUUGGUUGGGAUGCAGAUGGUGAUAUUCUAGCAGCAGUCAGCAGUAGCGCAUCUACAAUUAUAUUAUGGGACGCUACAACAGGAAAAAAGUCUCAAGUCGAUGCUGGUGUCCGAGACGGAUUAACUUGCAUGAUGUGGUCCAAAAAAAAUUCAAUACUUGCUGUUGGUACUCAAAAAGGAAAUCUUGUAAUUUAUGAUCAUAUGAAUGCCAAGAGAAUACCAAUAUUGGGUAAACACAAAAAACGUAUCUUAUGUGGUGCAUGGUCUAUGGAAGGAUUCUUAGCCUUAGCUAGCGAAGAUAAAAUGCUUAGUAUUAGUGACGCUAGUGGAGAUACUUAUAGAGAAGUUGAACUACAUGGCAAUCCAUCAAAUGUUCAGUUCAGUGAAAUGAAAACAGAUCAACGCAUCGGGGGAGAUACUACAGUAUCACUGAUAAUUAAUAAAACUACUUUGUAUCUUUACAACAUGAUUGAUGCAGAUAAUCCUAUUGAGUUAACUUUUCAAAGAAGAUAUGGUCCUAUUGUCUCUUAUAAUUGGUAUGGGGAUGGUUACAUACUUAUUGGUUUUGAAGCUGGAUAUGUUACAGCAAUCUCUACUCAUAUCAAAGAAGUUGGUCAAGAACUUUUUCAAGUAAAAAAUCACAGAGAUUGUUUAAAUGAUUUAGCCAUCAAUGAAAUUACUGGUAAAGUUGUUACUUGCGGAGAUAACAAUUUAAAAAUUCAUAGUCUUCAAAAUUUGGAAGAAACAGAAAAAGUUAUAGUUGUAAGUGGUGAAACUGGAGUGAACAUAGCAAAAUGGUCUGCAGAUGGUUCAAUGCUUGCUGCAGUUACACACUCUGGAAAUGUUUUAAUUUACUUAGCACAAAUACCUAGAAUAAUAAGUGUAUCAGGAAAUAGAAUAGCUGUUUUAGCAAGCCUUAAUGAAGUGGCCUUACAUACAUACACUUUGGAUAAAAAUAAUGCAACACCCUUGAUCUUAAAUACCCUCAUUGAACCUUCAAUAAUAGCUAUUGGACCGUUACAUAUAGCAGCUGCACUUAACAACAGAGCUCUUUUUUGGAAUUCAGCUCCUGGACAAAGCAAUACCACAACUAUGAUACAUUUUGAACGAGAUUAUAUGUCAUCUGUUGAAUCUAUGUUAUUAAAUGAAAAUUAUGCCUCAGUUUUGUUUGAUGGUAAAUUACAAUUACAUGCAAUAAAAACCGACUCUGCAUUGAUAGAUGCGAGAAAAGAUUCAAAAAUAUUUCCGGAUCAAAGUGCUUUGAGUUCCAAAAUUACUUGUCAUGAUCUAUCAACGGACUUUUUAGUUUAUGGAGAUGAUAUGGGUAACAUUGUUUAUUUUUACCUUGAAGAAUUCAAACAAGCUCUUAAAUAUACCCACAGUCAUGGUAUAAAAAGUGUACACCUAGAUGCCAAUGGUUCAAUGUUGUGUUUUGUGGACAGUGAAUCUGAAGUAUUUAUUUAUGAUCCAAUAAAUGAAGUCGCUUAUGAAGCACCAGAUAGUCCAGACUCUGUUGAAGGUGUUGUAUGGGAUCAAAAUAUCGAAGAGCGUACCACUUUUGCUGUCUAUAAUAGCACCAUUAUAACAACUUACGUUUUUAUUCGAUAUCACAUUAAAGUAAUAAACUAUUCUUAUAAAUUAAAAGGUACACAAAUAGUAAAAAUAAGCGAUACCAAGUUACCAUCGGACGCCAUGCCGGCACUCAUGUUUUCCGGAGAAAUGACAAUGAGUACGGUUGGGAGCAAGCUAAUCCAAAUCACACUUUCUUCACACGAGGAAAUAGGCAAUAUCGUCGAUCAGAAAAAAUUAGCCGAAAUUUUAGAUAAGCAAUUACUUUGUGGCAGAUUCCAACGAGCUUGGGAUACAUGUCAGCGUCUAAACGAUGAAAGCAAAUGGGUAUUACUGGCAGAAACGGCUCUGGAACAUUUAGAUAUUGACAUGGCAAUACGCGUUUAUCGUCAAAUGGAGGAUGCUUCAAUGGUUUGGUCCUUGCAAAAGCUCGAAGAAGUGGACGAAUACGCUCUCUUAUGCGGUCACGUUUGUACUAUCUUGGGCAAACACGACGAAGCUGAAAAAUAUUUUUUGCAGUCCUCUAGGCCUGUCGAAGCUUUGUAUCUUCGACGAGAUCUCAUGCAGUGGGUGCAAGCUUUGAGCUUGGCACAAAGUUUGAAGCCCGAUGAAAUACCUUACAUAGCUAAAGAAUACGCUCAACAAUUAGAAUUCACGGGUGAUUAUCCAAAAGCACUUGUUAACUACGAGAAAGGACUUUCUGAUGCCAAACAAAAUUCGAGUCAUAAAAUACAAUGUCUCGCUGGGAUAGCUCGUACAUCCAUAAGGUGUGGAGAUAGCCGUAAAGGCGUCAGUAUAGCUUUAAAUCCUGAAAGCCCUCGUUAUGUUAGAAAAGAAUGCGCUGAAAUUCUCGAGAGCAUGAAGCAAUUCAAUGAGGCAGCUAUAUUAUACGAGAAAGCCGAAUACUUUGACAAAGCAGCAUCGGCUUACAUUAGAUUAAAAAAUUGGAAAAAAGUUGGUCAAUUAUUACCGCAAAUAUCUUCACCAAAAAUUAAUAUACAAUAUGCACGAGCAAAGGAAGCAGAAGGAAAGUUUGAUGAAGCAGCCAAGGCAUACGAAACGGCUAAGGAUUACGAUAACAUAAUUAGAAUCAAUUUAGAAUACUUGAAUAAUCCAGCUCGAAGUGUUGAGGUAGUUCAACAAACUAAAAGCAUCGAAGGUGCAAAGAUGGUAGCUAGAUUUUUCCAGAAAAUGAACGACUACAAUUCAGCUAUAAAAUUCCUCAUACUAUCCAAUUGUCACGACGAAGCAUUUCAACUUGCCAAUCAACAUGGCAAAAUGGAACUUUAUGGUGAAAUUUUGGCCAACAAUGCUGACGACGGCAAUAUCAGAAGCGAAGACUUUAGGAGCUUGGCCAUUUACUUCGAAUCGCAAAAAAACAAUCAACUGGCUGGAAAAUAUUACUUUUAUGCUAAAGAAUUUCACAAAGCUUUAAAAUUGUUGCUCAAAGCAGCUCAGAUAUCAGCAAAAGACGAAGAGGCCAUAAGUUUAGCGAUUGAUACGGUUGCAACUUCGAAAGAUGAAAAAUUAGCUAAUCAACUUAUUGAUUUUCUAUUAGGCAGCGACGGUAUACCUAAAGAUCCCAAAUACUUAUUCCGGUUGUACAUGGCUCGCAAGCAAUAUCGCGAAGCAGCUAAGACAGCCGUGAUAAUAGCGAAUGAAGAACAAAUAAAUGGAAACUACAGAAAUGCUCAUGAUGUUUUAUUUGCGAUGUAUCAAGAGCUGAAACGCAAUAAAAUCAAUGCGCCGUUUGAAAUGCAGACCAGUAUGAGACUACUGCAUUCGUACAUUCUCGUCAGAUUGCAUGUUAAAAAAAAUGAUCACGUUAAGGGAGCAAGAAUGUUGAUACGAGUUGCAAAUAACAUUUCUAAAUUUCCAGCCCAUGUGGUUCCUAUUUUGACUUCGACGGUAAUCGAAUGCCAUAGAGCUGGUCUUCGAAGCGCAGCAUUUAAUUUUGCUGCUAUUUUAAUGCGACCAGAGUACAGAUCACAGAUUGAUGCAAAGUACGCGAAAAAAAUAGAAGCUAUUGUAAGAAAACCUCCCCGGGGUAGUAAAGAACGCGAUGAAGAUGAACCAUUAACUAGUUGUCCAUACUGCAAGUGCCGAUUACCUGAAUCUGAAGUUAAUUGUGAUAAAUGCAAAAAUACUAUACCUUUUUGUAUUGCAACGGGUCGUCAUAUAAUUGAAAAUGACUUCACGGCCUGUCCGCAAUGUGACUUUCCAGCCAUAAAAAGCGAAUUUUUAAGUAUUAUAGAAACAGACGAAACUUGUCCAAUGUGUUCGGAGCACGUAAAUCCAAAAAGUAUUCCUACUAAUUUGGACAUCCGGCCGUACCUGUAUUUUCACAGUGAACGUGAUCAGAAGAUAGAAACUUAGAUACAGUGAGUCAAAAGGUAAAAGUAUUUCUGUAAUAAUUAAACCAAAAUUCGGUAAAUGUUUAAUUCGUUUCCUUGCGAUAAAUGAUAGUUGAUAUGAUAUUUAAAUGUACAAAGCGUCACAAGCUAGGUGCAAACUUUCUUAAAAUAUUUUAGUUGACAUAGUAAUAUAGAAGAAAGCAGCACCAUACAAAUUGGUUAAAUGAAAUUAUAAAAUGCAUAGAUUUUUAGCUGAACAAACAUGAAAAAAUGUUCAAUUAUGUAUUUUAUUCUUCUAAUAUGAAGGUAAUGAAAACAAAGAGCCUUGCGAAAUUCGUACUUAAAUCUUUGAUCAAAUAAUUUCGCGAGUUCCUUUGAGUAAGUAAUUUUUAUUUUUAUUUAAACUACCAGUUCCGUCCAAUGUUAUUAUGUUAGUAAAAUGUUAACUAUAAAUAUCGUCAAUAUUUAUGAUUAAGCAGCAGCAAUGAUCUCAAAUUAAAAUGGAAUUUUUUAUAUUUUGUUUCAAAUAGUUAUAUUCUUCUAAGAUGUCAGGCUGAAACGUUAUUAUUAGUUUUAUUCUGUAAAAGUUUACGAGUAUUAAAAAUUUCCAAUUGCAAAAAUGUCAAAGAUCUGUUUAUGUAUGCAAUGAAUUAUUUGUCAAAAAAUAAAGAUUGUCUUG